GUCAACUGUCAAAAGUCUUGUUUUUGCGAACACUUGGGAGAUCGUUAUAUUAUAAGAAAAAAGUUAUUUACCAUCGAAUAAAUGACGAAAGUAGCGGAUAACGUUAACCCUAACGUGUACGAGAAAGAAUCUGAACGGGAAAUAACCUCCGCAGAUCAUAAUGAAGAGAUUACAGACGAUUUUGACGAGAGGGAAAUUUUCGAUUUAAUUCGCAAUAUUAAUGACCCUGAACAUCCUUUAACGCUGGAGGAGCUACGAGUUGUUGAGGAAAAGAAUAUAUCGGUAGAUAAUAAGAAGAAUGAAGUCCUUGUACAUUUUACACCUACCAUACCUCACUGCAGUAUGGCUACAUUGAUUGGUCUGUCUAUCCGAGUGCAGCUACUCCGAGCGUUACCAAGUCGAUUUAAAGUGACUGUGGAAGUGUCAGAAGGUACCCAUGUCUCGGAACAUGCGGUGAACAAACAACUGGCUGACAAAGAGAGAGUUGCAGCCGCGUUAGAGAAUAACAACUUAGUACAGAUAAUAAAUCAAUGUGUUGCCGCUGGAGCAUAGAUAAAAAA